AUGGCCACCAGCGUUCCAAGUGAGGAGAUAGACAGAUGCUUCUCAAAGACGACCAAUAUAGCAUCAUCUGGCUUGAACUCGGCUGUUCUGGCCUGUAGCGAUGAAUACUUCGCCGCUGCAUCGAACCUGCUUACCCCCGGAGCCCCUAUCCACAAACCAGGCGUCUUCGUCCAUACGGGAGCAUGGUACGACGGAUGGGAGACUAGACGCCAUAACCCUGCAGAGUACGACUGGGCACUCAUCAAACUGGGCGUAGGCAGCGGAAUCAUCGAAGGAAUCGAGAUCGAUACCGCGUACUUCGUCGGGAACUAUGGAGAGCAGGUCCUGGUCGAGGCUGCAUAUCUGCCUGCCGCCGACCCUGGAUCGGCUGCGAGCGAGCAAGAAAUGAUUAGUGACAGCUUCUCCAGGUGGGAGACCAUCCUGCCGCAGCAGCCAUGCGGCCCUUCGAUGCGUCAGGCCUGGAAACUGCCAAAGCCCACGGGGCCGUUGACGCAUAUCAGAGUGCGUAUGUAUCCCGACGGCGGGUUCUCCAGGCUCAGACUGUAUGGCCACGCUCUGCCGCCGGCUCUAGUCUCGGUUCAGAACCAGACUCCUCCGGUGGAAGAGCUUUCCUCAGCGCUGAUGGGCGGCCUGGCUCUGGCUGCGAGCAACCAGCACUUUACUCCGGCUUCUAACCUCCUCCUGCCCGGGCGAGGAAAGGACAUGGGCGACGGAUGGGAGACUGCUCGUUCCCGCCAACGAGGCCAUGUCGACUGGGCCAUCGUGAAGCUGGGCCUGCCUGGAUCCGCCGUCAAGGUGGUCGUUGAUACCAAAGACUUUAGGGGGAACUUCCCACGGGCAGUGCGUGUUGAGACGAUUGACUGGAAGGGCGAGGAAGACAGCGAGCCGCCGUCUGACCAUGACAGCUGGACGGAGCUGGUCAAGGGGGAGCAGCCAUGCAGAGCUGAUACUGAGCAUGUCUUUGAGGGAGACGCUCUCGUUGCUGGCCAUCAUGCAACGCAUGCAAAGCUCACCAUGAUUCCGGACGGGGGAGUCAAGAGAUUCCGCAUCUUUGGCCAUAGAUCAUCCAAAUGA